UGUUUGAAGUCCCAGGAUGCAUCAGUGUUGGCCGAUGGCUUGUGUCCUGCUGCUGUCCACCGUGUCCAAAAUGAUCGAGGAAACUGAAGCCCGAGACUUCACUGCCAACGACAUCGUCCACUUACAUCCCUCAACUACUCCCCAUCCCGGCGGCUUUAAGUGCUUCACAUGUCAAGAAGCAAAAGACAACUACGAGUGCAACCGCUGGGCUCCUGAUCUCUACUGCCCCAAAGAGACCAGAUACUGCUACACUCUUCAUGUUAUGGACUCUGCGGGGAACAGUGUGUCCGUGUCCAAACGCUGUGCCAGUCUGGACGAGUGCCGCUUCACUGGAUGUGCUCCCCUCGCUCAUAACGGACAGCAGGUUUGCUCUUCAUGCUGUGAAGGAAACAUCUGUAACCUCUGGGUCCCACGAAACGAGAGCAACGCCAUUUUCUCCUCCAUGUCUCCUCUGCGCGGCGCCGGAUCCAAACUAACUACUACAAUCUUAACCAACAGUAUUAUCAUUUUUAUUUUUAUCAACAUUUGGACAUUUGCAAGAGACUGAAGAGCACAAAAAUAUACAGAUUUACAAUUUAAAAAAAAG